GUAACGGUCGUUUAACGCUUGAUUCAAGACAUUGCUCGUAAACUGGCGCGCAAUAAGCACCAGCUAUGUUGCAAUUACUCAUGCUCGCAUGUAUCAUUGGAGUGCAAAGUGUACAAGGCAAAACGUACACACUAUGCCCGAACGGAUGGCUGGCAAACGAGGGUUCUUGCUACUGGUUUGGGCGUAUUGAUAACCCAAUGGUUUUUACUACGGCUGAGGAAUACUGCCGUCAACAUAACAGUCAUCUUGUGCACGUUAACAACUCUGCCGAGAAUGACUUUCUGAAGGAUCGAAUGAGACAAUUUAAAACCUCUUAUUUCUGGAUGGGAUUGACGGAUGAGUUAACGGAGGGACACUGGGUGUGGUCUGACACGGACAUGGCGGCAAUAUUCCUUGAUUUUCAACCCUCAGACCAUGCACACAACAACCAAGAUUGUGCCCUUUUUCAUUAUGGUUAUGACUAUACAUGGGCCGAUGUUGAAUGCAGUUUUAAAACUAUACCCGUGUGUGAAAUGCCGGGUUUGAGUGAACGGGAGGUUGCUGUUGUUGGAUGAAUAGAAUGUCGAUGUUUGAAAAAGUUUGUUUUGUUGAAAUAAACAUCGUUGCUGCAUGAUA